UCAGCUCACCUGUUACACCUGUAUUACAGCGCUGCAUGCAGGCGCGACUCCAGCUCUGCCGGUGCACCUGUCGCGUUAUUGUGCCAUGACCGACGAGCUCGUAACGUGCGAGUUAACAUGCCCGUCUUCACCGACUGACCGGGAAAAGACAUUACACGGUGUGAAAACUAUGGAAACAGAUACCGAGCAGCCGAUUUUCUCCGUGUUGAGCGGCGGUGUGAAGCAGCAGGAGCAGCCGGCGGGGGGCACCGCGGUACCGAGCUCCCCCUCUGCGACCACCGCCGACACCGAGUCCGGGAUUUUCUCCGGGGAGUGUGAGCUGUGUGUGGAGCACGAGGCCGAGCUGGACUGGUUCUGUGGCACCGAGCAGAGACUCAUCUGCUCCCACUGCGCCGUCGUGGGCCCCUGCCACGGACACACUGUGACCCCCCUGGCCACCAGAGUAACAGCAGUCAGGAACCAACUGGUGGAUGUGUGUGAGAAAAUGCAGCUGCAGGCACUGAGGAUUGAGAGGUUUAUCAACCAGACGCUGACAGCCAAAGAGCAAAAGCUUCAGGUGGCGGCCAGCACAGCGAGGGAGCACAUCGUGGCUCAGGUCAGCGCAGCACGUGAAGCCCUGGAAGAGGAGGAGCAGCGUCUCUUGGAGGAGGUGCAGAGAGAGGAGGAGCGGGUGGAGCAGUGUCUCCUCACCCAGAGAGCCCACUGGAGCCAAGCUCUGGCGAGUCUGUCGCAAACACGCUCCGGCCUGGUGCACAUGCUGACGCACACUCCAGACGCACAACUGGUGACGAGUGUCCAGGAGUUAGCCGACAGGGUGGAGGAGGCAGAGGGGGUCGGGGAGCCCUGUGACACAGACCAGCUCAACCUAAACCCAGGCUGCAGUGACAGCAAGCUGCUGAGAGGUCUGUGGGCCACUGCAGUGCUGCUGGGGCCCAACGCUUAUGGUUCAUCUUAUUUAAAGUUUGAUAAGCGCACAGUGAGCCCUCUCCUGUCCCUGUCUGACGAUGUCUGCACUUUGACCUUCCAACACAAAAAGGUCCGUCAGUCUCCGCCCUACGACCCGGCACGCUUCGACUGUUGGCCCAACGCGCUGGGCUCACUGUCCAUGUCCUCUGGCACUCACAGCUGGGUGGUGGAUGUGGGCCAGAGUGGUGCUUUCAAGGUUGGGGUCUGUUACGCCUCUCUGGAGCGCAAAGGCUCUGGGAAUGAGGCCCGGCUGGGCCACAACAGUCAGUCUUGGGUGCUGUCUCACUACGACGGGGACUACUCCUUCUGCCAUGCAGGGAAGAAGGAGCCCCUGCAGGUGGUGAGGAGACCUCAGAGGAUCGGCCUGCUGUUGGACUGGCCGAGUCACACGCUGCUGUUUUAUGAGCCGGACUCCAGCGCAGUGCUGUACUCUGUCAGACAUCAUUUCAGUGACCCACUGCUGCCAGCGUUUGCUGUGACCGACCGCAGUAUCACCAUACUGCACUGACACGGUCUGCCAAAAAACUAAAUGACCUUAAACAUGUGAAGAAAUGCCUUUCCCUAUUGUAAAUAUGAUCAGCAGCUAAAAAAUCCUCCAUCUGUGCUCGAUUGAAAGGCGUCCAUUUCUAUUUAUUUCUUUUAGUCAUUCUUUUGGUAGCUGCUGAGUUUUUUUAGAUAGAGAUAGAUUUUAAUUUCUUGAUGUACAGUAGUGCUGUAACAGUAUUUUUUGACUGACGAUUGUUUUUUUAAAAAUGUUUUAACGUGUCCUGAGGCUUCUCUAAGACUCUGUAGAGAAAAUGUUAAUAACACUGUUUGAGCCAGGACUGUUAAAAACUAUUCAACAUUUUAGGUGGGGGCUAUUCAGUCAGUCUGCACCUUCUGCAACCCAACCCCCUUCCCAGGGAGAUCUGGGGGUAAACUCUGGAAAAGUGCAUACACUAUGACUUGUUUAUGACAUACUUACACUUUACAAAAACUGUCCAUUGUGUCAUAGCCCAUGUAAUACUCAAUCAACACAAAAUGAGACAGGACAGUGUUUGACAUUGGUUGUACCAACAGCAGGCAGAAAUGGCUUCUGCAGGAGGGGUACGGCAGCACCACAUGCACAAACCAACAUGCACAACUGCAGUCUGCUGUAACACUAGAACCAGUAGUUAUAAUAAUAAUGGCAAUUUGUGAAGUUUAUUUAUGAUAAUAUUUGCUAAUGAUUAUUUUGAAUAAUGAUGUGUGGUUGCCUUUUGUAGCGUAGCGUAACAAACAAGUUUUGCUUAUAUUUUUAUUAAUAUAUUGAGGUACAUUUUGAGCUCAUUUAAAUA